UCUGUACAGUUCUGUGACUUAACCCUUAUUAUUGAAACAAUUUACACAAAUAACAACUCAAAUGUAUGAAUAAUUAUUUCACUACAAUAGUUUUCAAAAAGUGUGCAAAUUUUUGUGUAUUUAUCUAAUGAGUUAUAGGGGUAUAAAUCAAAAAUCAUCAUGAAGUUAGACAAACUAAUUAUUAAUGUGAAAGUGCUACUUUUAAUUGGAUUUUGUACUCGAACUGUACUAGGAUACCCUCAGGAAAAACAAUAUUUGCAAAAUACUGAUUCAGUGCGCGUCAAUAAAUGUUGUGAACCAUAUGAAUUACUUGUUGGUAAAUCUUGUGUACAUUUCAAUAAUACGAAUGAAAGAAUUUGGCAGCCUAUGUUUACAUCUGAAAGGGGGGAAACAAAUGUGAAGGUGUCCUACAGGUUUGUUCCAGGAACACCGGAUUGUGGAUCAAGGCAGGUUUUUCCUAUUUAUUUUAAUGCUAACUCUACUGAAAAAUUCCAACUUCUGCCUAAUGGAGUCUUGAGACAUAUUUAUUCUCACCCAAUUCCAAACGAAGAUGAAUAUAUUGGAGAAGAAAUUAUUGAUGGAAAGGAUUUGCUAUUUCAUGAUUUUCCUCAAGGCCAAUACUGCAUGGAUAAGAGAAUUGAUGGGAAUGUUGUGAGUGAAUUUGCCAAAGUUUGUGUUCCCGAACAUGAGAAUAGUUGGACCAGAUCAGAAUUUAUUAUGCAUAAUAUUGUUAAUCCAGCUACACAUGGUAUUAAUAUUGCAUGCCUGUUGAUAAUUGCUAUAAUAUACUUUGUCAUGCCAAACUUGAGAGAUCUAGUAGGCAAUAUCAUAACUACAAUGUGUCUCUGUCUUGUACUGAGUCAAAUUGGUGGCCUCCUCAGAAUGCUGACAGUGUUCACUAGCCAUAUUAGUCUUCUAAUAACAGAGACAAUAUGCUACAUUUUUUUACUUGGUUCUUUCUUCUGGUUGAACAGUUUAGCAUUUUACAUUUGGAGAACUUUCAAGUCAAGAAAUGUCUUCUUAAGAAUAACAGAUAAGAGAAAAUACUGCUAUUAUUCCAUGUAUUCCUGGACAUGCACUAUUAUUCUUGGAGUACUAGCCAUAUUUGCACAUUUCACAAUGGAUUAUCCUGAAUUCAAUAGAUCUAUAAAAUUUUUUGAAGAAAGAGAAGAAAUAGGGUCUUUAGGACUGAUAAUAUUUUUUGUACCAGUGGCAUUUGUUAUAAUACUGGAUGUUUAUUUUUUCGCUUCAACGUUGAAGGUUAUAAACAGAAUGCAUACAUAUGGAAGGAUCCAUCAUAAAUUGAGACAUAGCUUCCGGAUGUUUUUACUGUUGCUUGUCAUCAAAACUAUAACAUGGCUGUUCUUCUUGGCAUCUUUCACAAAAUAUGAAAGUUUGGUUAAUACAUACAUCAUAAUUAAUGCUUUCCAGGGACCACUCAUAUUGUAUGUUUGUGUGUUUAAUCAAAAACAUGUUUUGUAUUUGGUACAAAAAACUUGUUGUUAUAAUACUAAAAUUUGCUCCUGUUGCCGUCCAAAAACUGAACUCGAAUGGGGCGAUGAAAUGACAGCCAUGAAUACUGGCUUGAAUUAUUAGAUUCA